ACAAGGCCUCAGUGUGCUACAUACUAACUGUUAUAAUACUGCUACAGAAGCUAUAGAAGUAGUUAAUAGGACUGAAGGGGCAAGCCCAGGGAAAUCACCUGCAUGAAUGUAUGUGUGUAACCUCCUUCACAAGGCCUCAGUGUGCUACAUACUAACUGUUACAGUACUGGCUCUAAAAUGAUGUCGACAAGGUCACUCUUAACUGUUUUCCUAGUGUGUGGACUGAUUGCAAUUGGACUAGCACAAGAAUCAACUCAAGAUCAUCAGAAGCCCAUAUGUGUUAUACAUGGCUAUACGAUACAGGGUGAUUUCAUAUACGUAUGCGAGGCUGUACAAUUUAAAGUCCCGAUUAUUAUACACGUAACAGUGGGCGGUGGACAGCAUCAGAACUUAACACAACAGUUAGUCGAUUAUGUUCGACUGUCUAAAGGAAAGAAAUGUAUACACAUUAACUCUGUUGAUUCAUGUACUAAGAGAUGUAACAGACUCCGCGUUGAGUUAGGAAAAGAACUAAAAGAGGCCAAUGUAUCAGUGUGUGUACUACAUGGAGACGGGAACGACACUAAAAAUGAUUGUACCCAACUUGAUCUGACCAGUACAACAGAUGAACCAACACAAACUAUUCAGAGCAAUUUAAAUAACAGCAAUACAGACUCAGGAGUACCCGGGGAAGACUGUGCAAGGAAUUUAACUAUCUCUGUUUUGAUCUCUGUUAUUUUACCUGGAACGGUUUUUAGUCUCAUAAUUGUGAUCUGUGUUUGUAAGCGAAAAAACACAGCAAAAUUUAAGAAGAUAGAUGAGGAAAACUCUACAGAGCUGUCAGCUCAUGAAACAACAGUAUAACAUCUAUCUCUUAACUGUCACAUCAAAUAUCAAUAGCAUACAGUGGCUAAUAAUUAUAAUCACAGAUAAUUAUUAGAAAAUGUUUGAAUUAUAUUUGUGUGCUAGUACUAACUUUUAGCGAGAUAAGCUCAUGAUUUGAACAAUGACUGGUUUCACUGUAUAGUCAUACACACACAGCACAAACGUAUUAGACUACUGUACAUGUAACUUGUUUGUGCAAACAGAUGAUGCUAUACCCGCGAUUCUCAAGAGAC